CUCGCGACAAUGGCGGGCUCCUGGCGGGCCGCAGCGCUGGCGGCGGCGAUGGUCGGCUGGGUCGUGAGCAGCUGCGUGGUCGGGUUCCCGGUGGAGGAUUUGGUGACGCGGAUGCCGGGGCAGCCAGCGGUGGGGUUCAGGCAGUUCGCCGGGUACGUGGACGUCGACGACAAGGCCGGCCGGAGCCUCUUCUACUACUUCACCGAGGCGCAGGACGGCGCCGCCGGCAAGCCGCUCACCCUCUGGCUCAACGGAGGUCCUGGUUGUUCCUCGGUCGGAGGCGGCGCUUUCACGGAGCUCGGCCCAUUUUAUCCAAGAGGAGAUGGUAGAGGCCUUCGAUUAAACAAGAAGUCAUGGAAUAAAGUGUCCAAUCUUUUAUUUGUUGAGUCACCCGCUGGAGUUGGAUGGUCCUACUCCAACACUUCAUCAGACUACAAUACCGGAGAUAAGCGGACAGCUAAUGACAUGUACAAAUUUCUGUUGGGAUGGUAUAAGAAGUUCCCUGAGUACAGAUCAAGAAGCUUAUUUCUUUCUGGAGAGAGCUAUGCAGGGCAUUAUAUACCGCAACUCGCUGAUGUUCUUCUCGCGCACAACGAGAAAUCAAAGGGUUUUAAGUUCAAUAUCAAGGGAGUGGCAAUCGGGAAUCCUCUACUCAAGCUUGACAGGGAUGUUCCUGCAACGUAUGAGUAUUUCUGGUCUCAUGGUAUGAUAUCCGAUGAAAUAUUUAUUGCCAUAAACAAGGAUUGUGACUUUGAGGAUUAUACCUUUGGCGACUCCCACAACGAGAGCAAGUCGUGCAAUCAGGCCACUGCAGCGGCGAAUGCUAUAGUUGGGGAUUAUGUCAACAAUUAUGAUGUUAUCCUCGACGUUUGUUACCCAUCAAUUGUGAUGCAGGAGCUACGGUUGCGCAAAUAUGUGACCAAAAUCAGCAUAGGAGUGGACGUUUGCAUGUCAUAUGAAAGAUUUUUCUACUUCAAUCUUCCAGAAGUACAGCAUGCUCUCCAUGCUAACAGAACACACCUACCUUAUGGCUGGAGCAUGUGCAGUGAUGUGCUGAAUUACACCAGUAAGGAUGGCAACAUCGACAUCUUGCCUUUACUCCAGAGAAUCGUGGAACACAAGAUACCAGUUUGGGUAUUCAGUGGCGAUCAAGACUCCGUGGUGCCCCUCUUGGGAUCCCGAACCCUUCUGCGAGAGCUAGCUCAUAAAAUGGGGAUGCGUGUGACAGUUCCGUACAGUACUUGGUUUCACAAAGGCCAGGUUGGAGGCUGGGUAACAGAGUACGGCAAUAUGCUGACCUUUGCAACAGUGCGGGGCGCGUCUCACAUGGUGCCAUUUGCACAGCCAGACAGAGCGCUCGGACUAUUUGGAUCGUUUGUGCUUGGACAGAGGCUCCCAAACACGACCCAUCCACCCAUUGGAGGGUAAAUCUACAAAAGCAGCUCAAGAUAGAAAAAAAAAGCUUAGGAUUUGUCAGUCUUGCUACAGUAGAUACGAUCUCAAGGAAUGUAUUUCAAUGGUCAAUAAGUUCUGAAAAUUUUCAAAACAAAAAAAUAGGAAAGAAAUGCUAGCAAGUAUGUUCUUUAUGGUCUUUUAUCUGGGAUAUCAGAUUGCGCUCCUGGAAAGUCUGGAACAGAGCAAUGUGUACAAGUAAUUAUGUCAGUGUACUUAGCUUGGCAGACACCUUGCAAUUUGCAAUUCUGUCUAAAUUAUUCCAUCAGUCCACGACAAAUGAAUGCUAAAAGGUUCAUUAUAUUGCCAGUUAAGUGACAUGAUUCUUCUUGUA